GGACAUUCUAGAGUAUGUUUUUGUAGCUUCUUGUGACCCAGAUAUAUGAUUAUAUCUCAAAAAUAGUAAGAAUAUUUUAAGUUUAACUCAUAGAUAGUAAUUAUGUUCUCAUAUUAUUUCAAUGAUGGCUCAAGAUCUCUUACAGCCUUACUUUCCGAGCCAGGAGACUUUCUUUUAUCCUCACGAGAUUCUUCAAAUGCUAGUUUGAAAAUUUUCUUAUUGGAGUUUUCUUUGUUCCUAAUCUCAGCAGCGAUUUUUAAGAGAUCACUGAUCUCCUGUUUCAAAGAGCUUGCUUUCUCUCAUUUAUCUGAAACUUUAAACAAUCCACGAGGCUUGCAAAUUUCGUUAUUCUUAAUUUCUUCAUGAUUUGAGUCUCUCUUUGGCUUUUCGCCUUGAAACCCACAAUCUAAUAUUUUAUUCUCUUUUAAAUAACAAGAAGUUUCUUUCGGGUUAAAAUUGAACUUCUUCCCAUCUUUCUGCUUCUUCAUGCUCAAAGACUUAGAACUCAUAUUCUCCAAUAUCUUGGACGAACUUGGAAUCUUUCAGGAUGAAACUUCUUCACUUAAAAACUCAUCAGAGAUGUUCUCUUCACGAUUGAUUUUAGGUAUAAAGUCCAUUUCUCACUAUAUAAUAU